AUGUCACAAAUGAAACAAGACGUUUUCCAAAAGCCCCAAAUUACAAAGAAGUAUGACAAACAUGGAAGCCUGCUUUGUAAUAACAUUGAUUUGUGUGAUUGCCUGGAAAAGAACUGCCUGGGUUGCUUCUGUCCUUGCCCCAAAUGCAAUUCAAACAAAUGUGGACCAGAAUGUGGCUGCAAUAGAAGAUGGGUUUAUGAUACAAUUGAGACUGAAGCUGGCAAUGUGAUCAGUGUGUUGCCAGUUUUCAUUCCUGACUUGAUUUUGUUCUGA